AGCCCAGGCAAGGUGGACAAGUGCAGGCAGCCCGGAUAGGGAAAGCAGCAGCGAUAGACAGUGCAGGCAGCUCGGGCAGGGCAGACAGCGCAGGCAGUGCAGACAGCGCAGGCAGUGCAGACAGCGCGGACAACGCGGGCAGGGAAGGCAACAGUGACAGACAAGGCAGGCAGCAGCGGGCAGCGGAAGGCAGCUCGCAGCGCCCGGGGAGGGCUCUGAUUCAUCACCCCGUUCAGAGGAGAGGAUGGGACGCCGCUGAACUCCCCUUUCUCUCUCCUCCCUUCCCCCCCUUCGCCAAGCAAGCCCCCCCCCCCCCUCUCCUCCCCCCUCCGCUGCUCUUUCUCUCUCCCUAAGCAGUGAGGCUCGGACAGUGCUCGGCUCCAGCGCUUUAUUUUAAGAUGAUCGGCCAAGGUCUUUGCAGAUAGAUUUUAUCUGAAGUUAAAUAGCAGGCGCUGGCCGCUCCCUCGCCAAUAAGUCAUUUUUAAUAGAGACAAAUCGCCCUGGACGCCCCGGAGCGCCGGUGCCGCCGCUCCUUGCCCGCUCCCCCCGCCGAAGGCGAGCGGGCAGCCCAGGCAGCUCCCUCCUCCCGUAAGUGUCCUGCUUGGCGGAGCCGAAGCGCGGCCGUGUGCGGAGAAGGGGAGGCGAGAGUGGGGGGGAAGAGCCAGCCAGUCGCCCCGCCGCCCUGACAGUGCCUGCGCCGGAUGCGGAGCGGCCGCGGGACGCCUCGGUGCGGAGCGCGGCGAGGAGAUGCGCAGGGUCGGCGGGCUACGCCGCGGCGCUCGGCCCCUCUAGGCUCGCCCAUGGAGCGCCCCGCGGAGCCCCGGCCGCCGUCGGACACCCCACGCCGCUGGUGAGAGCUCUGCUUGUUCUGUAAAGUGGAUGUCAGGUGGAUCUAUGCUCUGGAAGGAACAAAGAGACAGCGAAGGCAGCGCGGGGGAAGUUUGAGCGGCGAGGAUGCAGGCUGUGUACUGGUACGCGGUCCUUCUGCUGCAGCCCACCCUCUACCUGGUUACCUGUGCCAAUCUAACAAAUGGAGGAAAAACAGAUCUCCUCAAAUCAGGGAGCUCCAAAUCCACACUAAAGCAUAUAUGGACAGAAAGUAGCAAGGACUUGUCCAUCAGCCGACUGCUGUCACAGACUUUUCGUGGGAAGGAGAACGAUACAGAUUUGGACCUGCGAUACGAUGCCCCAGAAACUUAUUCUGAGCAAGAUCUCUGGGACUGGCUGAGGAACUCCACAGACCUGCAAGAGCCUCGGCCCAGAGCAAAGAGAAGACCCAUAGUCAAGACUGGGAAAUUUAAGAAAAUGUUUGGCUGGGGCGAUUUUCACUCCAACAUCAAGACUGUGAAGCUCAAUCUGUUGAUAACAGGGAAAAUCGUUGACCACGGCAAUGGGACGUUUAGUGUCUACUUCAGGCACAACUCCACCGGCCAGGGGAAUGUAUCUGUGAGCCUAGUGCCCCCCACCAAAAUAGUGGAGUUUGACUUGGCACAACAGACGGUGAUCGACGCCAAAGAUUCCAAGUCCUUCAACUGUCGGAUCGAGUACGAAAAGGUCGACAAGGCUACCAAGAACACACUCUGCAACUAUGACCCUUCAAAAACCUGUUAUCAGGAGCAGACCCAGAGCCACGUGUCGUGGCUCUGCUCCAAGCCCUUUAAAGUGAUCUGUAUUUACAUUUCGUUUUAUAGUACAGAUUAUAAACUAGUACAGAAGGUGUGUCCUGACUACAACUACCACAGCGACACACCCUACUUCCCAUCAGGGUGAGGACCAACACCUCGCUCAGACUGAAGCCUGGGGAAUAAAAGUGGUCGUAUGACAGGGCUGUAACCUCAAGGAGGAAGGCCGCAUCUAUCGCCUGGAAUGUGUCUACCUGCUGCUGCUGAUGUCAAAUGGCUGCAAAUACGUUAGUGGAAAACAAUCUAAUGUCAUUUUUUUUUCCUGGUUUGGUUUGGGUUGGGUUGAUUUGGUUGGUUUGGCUUUUUUUUGCCCAGUCAGCUCCAUGUAUCAAUCUAGUUGUAAAUCACUUUGGAUCUGAAAUAAAACCAUAGGCAUACACAGAGAGGCACACACACCCCCUCUUUUCAGCUCACAUCUGUUGAGAUUCCCGUUAAGAGAGCUUUCAUUGUCUGGUAUCUAAGGUUUUGGGAUUACCUAUCUUCAAACAAAAUGGAUUAACUAGAUGGAGAAUGGUUUCUAACUCAGACUGCUAUGGAAAUCUCUUUGAAAGCCCUUUGAGUACACACCAAUCAAUAAUCCCCACUCAUGCAUUACACUGCUUGGAGGAGCUGCACUGGUAAAUAAUGCUGUAGGAGUAAAUACUUGUUAAAACGGGGGGGAAAAAAAAAUGUGUGUCUAGAGUUCAGUGUUCCUUAUUAUAUGAACACAGCAAAGCAUUGUGACUUUUUCCCCAGCAUAGAGUAGGCACAUUCGAGGUGGUAUUAGGUGGCUCUUUUUUUUCCCACGGAGCAAUCCUGUUCCUAGUAAAGAUGGGCAAACAUUUGGAAUUUACAUGUGGGCAGAUGUUCUGGGUUCGUGUUUCUCUGACUCUUUAAGCUGUGAUUCUUUAAACCUGGUUGCAUUUAGGCCACCUAAGCUACUUAAAAACAAAAACCCCCAAACCUCCCCAAGUGAUCUCUAAGAAGGAAAAUGCCUGGAGGAGAACAUGUAAGUUAUAAGUGGCUGUCUUAUCUUUAUUACAGAAUAUUGUAACAUAUUCAAUAUCCUAGUCUUCAUUUGUAUGAAUGGUUUGUAUAGUACAUACUUUAACCAGUGUUAUUUGAGCUGCUUAUUAAUAUUAACUUGUAAUUGUCUCUCUGCUUGUUAUUGGUUAAAAGCAAUCAAGGAAAUGAGGAGUCCAUUUUAUCAAUGUAGCUGUAAACUCCAUGAAAAAAAAAGAAAGGCAGAACUAUGUACAAAGCAUUUAUUCAGCUAAAGUAUUGUUGAGAGCUAUACAUAUACAACAUUACAGUCUGUCUGUAUUUAGCUAUUUUAUUUCCAGAGGAGUUCAAAAAAGGAACAAAAAAACAAAAAGAAAAAAAAAAAAAGGAACUGUACAUAAAAAUAAAACAAAUCUUAAAGUUGAGUUUCAAUA